UUUUUAUAAAAGUAGUGUGUUUAGAUAUCAAUUAAAACUUGAAAAAAUAGAAUGCGCAAAAAACUGAAGAAAAGUCAGAGUGAUUUGAAAAAAUUUGUGAAAAUAUUCUGUACUCUAUCUUCUCUAUAAUAACGAACAAAAAUUUGACAUUUGGCUCGUUCUAAUUGAUCUAGUAGAAUAUUAAUUAAUGUUAAGAAUUAAAUUGUAUGUCAAAACAAAAAAUCAUCUUCGUGUUAACGAUUACUCUCUCUGUCUUAUGUUCUCAAUAGAUGGCAGUGAUUGUUGAUCAACAUAGUUUCUAGAUAGAGUAAUUUUUCCCACUCCCAAUUAGUUUAACAAGGACAAAAUACGUGAUAUGCUUCAUUGAAGCAGAAAAUAUCAACGCAAUAUUCCGUAAAUACUAAACUUAUUUAUUCUACUUUACUGAAGAACAUAAUAUUUCAAUUAGUUUUGAAGCAAUUGUUCAACGUCGACUCGCUUCCUUCGUCUAGUAUAAAAUCCCCAUAUCUUGCAAAAAAAAUAUAGGGGAAGUAAGAAUUUCUCUCCAAGAGCCAAUUCCCUCAUACUCUCUUUUCCCAAGGAAUUUUACUCUCAUAAAAUUAGGUAAAUAAGAAACUUGUGCAUCUUUACUGUUUAUAACCCUGAAGGAAUUAUAACAUGUGGACAUUUAUAACAUUAAUUCUGACACACUUCUUAACUAAUAUCAAAUAAUUAGCUUUCCAAUAUUUUAUUAAAAAUAUUUGGAUAAAUGCUAUUUUUUAUUGAAUUACUGCUCCUAAAAUUUUUGCGAUAGUGUUUAAAAGAGAGUAGACGUGAUAAAACAAUAAACUCCUCUGCAUCAGCUUAUUCAGAAGAUAAGAAUAGUUUGUCUGUGGUGGCCAAUUGAUGCUACCUUAGCGAUAUAUAGAUAAGUUAUGAAAUACAGGAAGCUAAUUAAAACUUUAAAAUAUUAGCCGUUUAGCAGUUCAAAAUAAAAUGUGACCGAAACGCCAUCUAGGUCGAAUAGAAUUCCACUGCCAACGCACUAACUACUUUAGAGGACUUGAGCCGUCUCCUUUGCAAACUGUUUUCGCAUUUCUUUCACCGCAGUGUUAUCAACUCGUCUGAUUAAGAAGACCUCUUAAUUCUCAGUUCAGAAAAUGAGAAUCGGAUGCUAUUGAAACAUGGAAGCUUUUACAAGAGCCACACCUCUGAACGCCACGAAUGGGACAUACGAAAUCGAAUUUUCUAGCAUCAUUUACGCAUUUAUCUAUUCUUUAAUUUGCGUUCUCGGUACUAUUGGCAAUGGAUUAGUGAUCAUUGUCAUUAUCAGAUACGCUAAAAUGAAAACAGUAACCAACACUUACCUGUUGAAUCUGGCUAUUUCAGAUUUGUGCUUCCUUGUUGGUUUACCUUUUUUAACGGUAACUAUUCUUGUUAGGCAUUGGAUAUUUGGUAGUAGUAUGUGUAAAAUAUUUAUGAUGUGUACGUCUACUAAUUCGUUCACUUCUGCGUUCACUUUAACCGUUAUGUCCUUCGAUCGUUGGCUGGCUGUUUGUCACCCUGUUAGGUCUAUAUCUUAUAGAACACCUUUGGUUGCAAAGUUUGUCUCAGUCGGAGUAUGGGGCUUAUCUAUGUUAGUAAUGAUACCCGUUUUUCUCUAUUCGACGACAGUAACAAAUAAUCCUGGAAAUCAAAAAGAAUCAUGCAAAUUAAUCUGGCCCAAAAAUCAGGCAAUUAUUCACCCUGAUAAAGCGUUCAUUUGGUACGGAUUACUGCUGGGUUUCGCCAUUCCCACCGCCCUAAUUUCUGUCUUCUAUAUGUUAGUUGUCAUACGAUUAAAGUCUGUUGGGCCCAAGAAUAGGAAGAAUUCAGAUAAUAGGAAGAGAACGCACACAAGAGUUACAAAAUUAGUUCUAACAGUUAUCGCAGUUUAUGUUAUCUGCUGGUUACCCCAUUGGAUUUAUCAGAUUUAUUUUACUUUUGCUAAAGACAAACCUCCAGAUUGGGUUAUCAAUUUGUAUCAAGCAAUAACGAUUCUAUCUUAUACCAAUUCAACAUUGAAUCCAGUUCUGUAUGCUUUAAUGUCGGAUAACUUCCGAAAAAGUUUCUCUAAAGCUUUCCGAUGCAUUUCCAAAACGGAAGUUGAAGGAACACUGAACGUUGAGCCUUCAAUAUUUCCAAGGAGGAAGAAAAGCAGACCUCAAAAUAGACUAACCUUAGAAUUAGCCAAACAAAAGUCAACAUCUAAUUUAGAAUUACACGAAGAGGCAGUUGUAGAGGCUUUCCUGAAUGAAAAAAUGAACGAUCAAGAAGAAAAUAACAAAAAUGUCUGUUCAGUACAAGAGUCUCCUGAAGGUCGUCUAGCCUGCCAAGUAUAAUGGGUUAACUGGGUAAACACUUCUAACCAAAUUUCUCUAUAUUUUAAAAGUUACAUAUUUCUAUUUAUGAAUGCAUAAUAAUAUACAAUGUUUUCCACAUUUAAACUCAUGUGAAGUAUCCAAAUAACAUAUAACAUUUCAAAAAUGCAUAUUAUGUUUAUAUAAAUAUGUAUAUUAGCAGUAUUGCAACCUAAGUUUGUCUGUGUUUGCUUUUAAACGCAAAAAGAGGAGCUAAAUAGUGCAUGAUUACUUAAGGUUCGAAAUGUGUAUAUAUUUAAAACAGGUAUCCAUGUUGUAUUAUAAGAAAUUUUUAUUAAAUACUUUCAUACAAGAAAAAA